UCCAAAGCGGUGCGCCAUUCUCUAGUUACUAUUUUCACGACGACAUGUUCGAUCAAAAUAGUUGUUUUGGUUUCUUAAUUGUGUUUGCUGUAUCGAUAGGUGUUUUGGAUGCGUUGGAUGAUCUUCGUGAGUAACGUUCAUUUCGUAUGCGAGCACUUUCACCAGAAGUGGCAAUGAAUAUAACAUUGAAGGCUUUGGAAAUAUACACUUUGCUUUUUGUCUGUUGAGAUUUCUAGAUAGUAUUUGCAGUUUUGCUUCCCUGCGUAAUGUUGAAAUCAGUCCUGUCCGGGAAAAAGCUUAAGUCCUGAGCAAACAAUUAGGAAGUUGCGGAAGGAUUCCCGAGAUGUCACCGGCACGAUCCCGAAAUGGAAAAAUGUCUGCUGAAGGCGACCGAAACCGUCCGCCCGUUCGUGCUAACCGGAGUUCCGGACUUCAUUCCGGGCAUUCAGAACUUCAGCAUCCCGAGGAUAGCGGUGAAGGACGGAAACGAAGCGUUGAACUAUAAGGCGGAAUUGUUCAAUCUCACCAUGUAUGGAUUGGAGGAUUACAAGUUUAACAGAUACUACUACAACAGUGAUAACCGUACGUUCUUAAUAAAUGUCCAACUUCCGCAUCUAUUCUUAAAGGGAAGGUAUAAUCUCAAUGGAAGGAUAUUCUUUGCGCCACUGAAAGGGAAUGGCGAUUUCCACGUCAAUAUAACUGAUUCUUCCUGUGCCAUAUUCCAUACGGUAGAUAUCGUACAGAAAAAUGGUACCGAUUUUCUGAAACCAACGAAGACAUUGCCUAAAAUGAGAGUUGGGAAAAUAAUAGAUUACGGUUUUGAUGGGCUAUUCAGAGACAACAAAGAAUUAGAGGUUCUCGCAAGGCAGGUCAUCCACGACAACUUGAUGGUGAUUGUAGAUGAGCUGCUACCAACCAUAGAACAAGUCCUUGGUGCACUUUUCGACGAGCUCAUUUUCAAAUCCGUUACAAAAAUACCUUACGAUAAGCUAUACCCAAAAUAAAAAUAGAAAAACAUUGACUAGAUAUGUUUGAUGUUAACUUUCGUCCCUACAAUUGUAGGGCGCCUUUAUGGCCUCCUUGAUUGUCAUCGUUUUCUACUUCUCCGUGUCAACGCUCUAUUUUGAGGUUAUGUCACAAACAUCUAUUUGCAUCAAAUUGUGCUUGCUUUUGAGUUAUAUCAUGUUUUACCAGCCUGAAAUUUUCUGCAAUUUAAAAAGAAAACAUAUCUUCACAAUAGGAGAGCGCUGACGCUGACACGGGACAAGUGCAAUCCAGAAAUUGUUGAAGGAGAGAAAGGAGUAGUGACAAUCAAGGAGUCCAUAAACGCGCCCUACAAUUGUAGGGACGACUGACGAUACGGGCCUAAAGGAUUGAGAUACCUAAGGAAGAAGAAAUAUUUCACGUUUUUAUACCCUCUUUGCAAUACUUUAUUAUACAAUAAAAACCGUUUUUGUACGCUGGUGCUCUUUAAUUUAUUCCUGAUACCACUCUUUGUACCAAAAUGUUUUCAAUUUUGACAUUUGAUAUUUUCAAGCAAUUUUUCUUUAUCUUAUUCACUAAAUAUUUUUGCUCAAUUACACUGUAUCUGUAUCCAAAAAAUCGUGUCGAGUAGAUUGACUCUAUAUUUUCCAAGAAACGCUAUCAUCA